UGUUGGCGGCGCACUCCCUUGCUUUCUUGGUUUUGGCGCGCCGCGCCUGUUGUGUUGUGUCCACGGUGUGGGCAAGCUCUCCGCGGGAGCUCUUGGGGCAGUUCGUUCGGCCGUGUCGAGCCCCGGCGCCGGCAACUCCCGGCGGCUGCCUGUGGCGCCGCGGGGGGGUUCUAUGUGCUUUCCGCAGCAGGUACUAAAAAGAAGGCGCGCGCGCCCUAAAUAGUGCGCCCGCGCCGUGCUUCUCCUCGCGUUAAGCUUAAGCUUAUUGAUGCAGCGGUGUGUGGCUGCUGUUUCGUUAUUGUAGCUACACGCCUACCGCGUGUCACGCAUUGUCGCUGAAUGAUUGGGGUUGUGUUUUCGUUUGCCCGGCUUUACACGCACCGCUCGCCCCACCUGCUGUGGCGCGAAAUCAAUGCUCGCUCACACGCAGCCCAUGGCUUUUGUG